CGGUAACAUCGGUCGUGGAUGGAUGAUGCAUGCAAAAUGAUGCUCCGCCUGCUGUGAAUGGAUCACGUCCAUUGUAGUUGUGCCAACGGUUGUGCAUCUGCGCCUCAGCCCUUUGACGUCGCGUCCACCUGCGGCAACAGCCCUUCUACUCCGACAGAAGAGAGACGUAGCGUAGCGUAGGCGAGUACGCGUUCCUUGCGGCGGCAGUAGCGCGGUGAUGGCGUCCGACACAGCGGGCGAUGACAAGGCGUCAGCAGCCGCCGGCCGUCUCGAGCCGUCGCUCAUGAACAUCAUCGAGCAGAAGUCCCUCAAGUGGGUCUUCGUCGGCGGCAAGGGAGGCGUCGGCAAGACCACCUGCAGCUGCAGCCUGGCCGUGCAGUUCGCGGCUACGCGCGAGAGCGUGCUCAUCAUCUCGACCGACCCGGCCCACAACAUAUCGGACGCGUUCGACCAGAAGUUCUCCAAGGUCCCCACCGCGGUCAAGGGCUUCACCAACCUGUACGCCAUGGAGAUCGACCCCAACCUGGGCUUCUCCGAGCUGCCCGACGAGUACUUCGACGAGGGCGACCCUUUCCGCUCCAGCAAGAGCAUGAUGCAGGAGAUUCUGGGCGCCUUUCCGGGUAUCGACGAGGCCAUGAGCUACGCCGAGGUCAUGAAGCUGGUGCGCAGCAUGAACUUCUCCGUCGUCAUCUUCGACACCGCGCCCACGGGACACACGCUCAGGCUGCUCUCGUUCCCACAGGUCAUGGAGAAGGGGAUGGGCAGGCUUCUCCGCCUCAAGUCCCACCUGAGCCCGUUCAUCUCGCAAGUGGCCGGCCUGCUCGGACUGCAGGAGCUGACGGCGGACGUCAUGUCCUCCAAGGUGGAGGAGAUGCUGCCCAUCAUCCGCCAGGUUAACGCCCAGUUCCGCGACCCGGACCAGACGACCUUCGUGUGCGUCUGCAUCGCCGAGUUCCUCUCGCUCUACGAGACCGAGCGGCUCGUCCAGGAGCUCACCAAGUGCGGCAUCGACACGCACAACGUCGUCGUCAACCAGCUGCUGUUCCCCGAGCGCAACCCGUGCCGCAUGUGUGCCGCCCGCUGCCGCCUGCAGGCCAAGUACCUGGACCAGAUAGCCGACCUGUACGAGGACUUCCACGUGACGAAGCUGCCCCUGCUCGACCAGGAGGUGCGCGGUGCCGAGCAGGUGCGCGCCUUCUCCCGCCACCUCGUGCACCCGUAUGUGCCUCCCCACUCCUAGCCUGACCU